AUGGGUGAUCACUUGCCAGCGUGCGUCAUCGAUGUGGGGACAGGAUAUACAAAGUUGGGAUUCGCCGGUAAUAAAGAACCCCAGUUUAUUAUUCCGUCAGCCAUAGCGAUAAAAGAAACUGCAAAAGUUGGCGAUCAAAGCACUCGGCGGAUGACUAAGGCUGUUGAAGAUCUGGAUUUUUUCAUCGGAGAUGAAGCUUUUGAGGCAACGGGCUAUUCAGUUAAAUAUCCCGUACGUCAUGGUUUAGUUGAAGACUGGGAUUUAAUGGAAAGGUAUAUUGAGCAGUGCAUUUUUAAGUACCUCAGGGCAGAACCAGAAGAUCACCACUUUUUACUUACUGAGCCGCCAUUAAAUACGCCUGAAAAUCGUGAAUAUUUGGCUGAAAUAAUGUUCGAGUCUUUUAAUGUACCAGGUUUAUAUAUAGCUGUUCAAGCAGUUCUUGCUCUUGCUGCAUCUUGGAAAUCGCGUACAUCUACCAAACGCACAUUCACUGGUAUUGUUGUCGACAGUGGAGAUGGUGUAACUCACAUUGUACCAGUGGCAGAGGGUUAUGUAAUUGGCUCCUGUAUCAAACACAUUCCGAUUGCAGGUAGAAAUAUUACAUCAUUUAUCCAGUCCUUGCUUCGUGAAAGAGAAGUUGGUAUUCCACCUGAACAAAGUUUAGAAACAGCAAAAGCUAUCAAGGAAAGGUACAGUUACAUAUGUCCUGAUAUAGCCAAGGAGUUUGCAAAGUACGAUUCUGAUCCUGCUAAAUGGAUGAAAAAAUAUACCGGCAUCAAUGCAAUCACUAAAAAUCCUUUCACUGUUGAUGUUGGAUAUGAAAGAUUUUUGGGACCAGAAAUAUUUUUCCAUCCUGAGUUUUCAAACGCUGAUUUUACUGUUCCUCUUAAUGAAAUGGUGGAUGAAGUUAUUCAAUCUUGUCCCAUUGAUGUAAGAAGAGGGUUAUAUGGCAAUAUUGUGCUCUCUGGUGGGUCAACAAUGUUCCGAGACUUUGGCAGAAGACUGCAACGAGAUAUUAAGCGUACUGUUGAUGCCAGGCUUAAGUUGUCAACUAUGUUAUCUGAGGGACGUAUCACUCCGAAACCUAUAGAUGUACAAGUGAUUUCUCACAACAUGCAGAGGUAUGCAGUGUGGUUUGGUGGAAGUCUGUUGGGUUCAACACCAGAAUUUUAUCAAGUAUGUCACACUAAACAGGCCUACAUGGAGUAUGGACCAAGUAUUUGCCGACACAACCCUGUCUUCGGAACCAUGACA